AUGGGAGUGUCAAUCAUCAUAUAUAACUCUAUCUAUCUAUCUAUCUAUCUAUCUAUCUAUCUAUCUAUCUAUCUAUCUAUGUCGCUGAUCGCACGUGAACUGCCCAGGUUAAAUGUCUACAUUGCUGCCCUUAGCAAGGUCCGCUUCCCAGGCGAAGGCAGCCUCUUCUGGUCGGGGAAACCUGCAACAGAGGAGCGUCUUUCAAGCGUCGACUCCAUUUUCAUCAUCUUGUCAGCUGAAGUGAAAGCUGACUUUCAGGCAGGCCUACGGUCCAAGCUUGAAAACGGCGGCUGCCCAGUAGACCUCUCUCCUGAAACACUCUGGGAUCAGCUGAAGGCUGACAUCCUGAAAACGCCUGAAGAUGUUGAAUAUGUAAAUAUCAUCUUCAUCUCCUCCUACUCAUCCUUCUCCAUCUCUUCUUCCUUCUACAUUGAUUCUUCUUGUUCGCUAUUCUUUCUUUCUUUCUUUCUUUCUUUCUUUCUUUCUUUCUUUCUUUCUUCUUCUUCUUCUUCUUCUUCUUCUUCUUCUUCUUCUUCUUCUUCUUCUUCCCUAGAUUGCCAUCAUCAUUAUUGCUACAACUACCAACUACAUCUUCCCCAAGGCUUUUAUCAACAAUAA